GGUUAACAAUACCAAGCUACAGAAGUCUUAUAACAGUUGUAACAACUGAAUCACGACAACAAUUAUAUUGUGUGUACAGCGACAACUGAAAUCAAGUUUGAAGACGUCGCGGGAGUCAUCCUGAAAUAACAUGAAUUUGCAUCAGGGCGGUGCGCGCGCGCCGCGGCGCUGCCGUCGCACGCCCGACCGCCGCCAUUUUCACACUGCCCACGAGCUUUCCCGCACUCACUCACAGAUCAACAAGCAUCCCCCGCAGCGUCAACGUUUCGAGGCACGAGUCGUGUCGCAAGCUGCGGUGCCCUUCGCACGUGCUCUACUGAAAACAUAUUUUGAAAUAUAUUACAAGUACAACAAGAUUUCUUAUUUGCAUCUUUGCUCCUGAUACUAGUAUACCGAUGACACUCAUCCAAAGGCCCAGUGAGGCUAAAGUGGAACAAAUGGAUGGUCCGAAGGAAGACAACGGGAAGUCUAUGAGACCAGUGAGGAACAGGCGAUACACAAGGAGAUGUCUAGUAGCAGGCCAGCGGCCACAGAAGAGGCUCUUCACUCCAGAAAUAAAACGCUAUUUGAAAGACUGGCUCGUGAGGCGAAGAGAAAAUCCUUAUCCGAACCGCGAAGAGAAAAAACAAUUAUCUCGCGAAACAGGUCUCACGUACAUACAGAUAUGCAAUUGGUUUGCUAACUGGCGCCGAAAGUUGAAAAACGCUAACGCAGAUCGGAACCAGCUGACUUGGGGACAUCUCAUCCGCACUUAUAAUGACAAAGCCCAAGGCAACGUGGAACAGUUUAGCAUCUGCUCCGAUGACAGCAUUUGGAGCGAACCAGAACCUACCAGCCCUGGCUUUGAAACCCUAGAAACAGAUGAAAGAUUGGAACAAAGCCCAGACUCUGUGAACUCCUACAAGCAGGAAGACACUGAUGAAUCCUGCACAUCACAGGACAAAUACGAAAAUUUCAACAACAAUUCCAACGAAAUAGAGCCUUGUGAUACAGGCAACUGCAACAGCAAGGCCAUUCCUAGUCCUGUACUUCUAAGCAAAUGGUUGGAGAGUGCAGCGAGAUUUCAGCCCAGCGAAACAAAUUAUUCUUGGUGGGCGGAAGGAAGAAGAUGGAAGCAAGAAAGGAAAAUACAACGGACAGACGUUGCGCUCAGGCAUGACAGAGACGAAGUGGAAGCAGCAGUGGCGCUGACGGCACUAGCUACAGCCUCCAGUCGCCUCACUGCGCUAUGAACUUUUUAAGUUUUGCCAUAUACAAAUAUAAUAUUUUGCCAUUUAUGUAAUUUUGUUAGUAUAUUUUAAACUUAACUUUUUCUUUGUAAACUGUAUAUAAAUUGGUUGUGAAUCUAUAGAAAUCUGUAUUGUAUAGAGCCCAAGCAAUAUUCUUUAUUUAAAAACGCAAUUCGAUUUUUUUUUGACUGACACAAGCGUUUUCGGCGUAGGCGUUGGAACUUUGCACAAGCUUUCAAGGCUUUGUUCGAGCAUUUUGUAGUUAUUAUUCCGCUGACUUCAGUGAUCACAUUAUAGGAAAUAAGGGCCUCAGCCCCCCUACUCGUCUUGCUUAGUCGACGACCGCUUAUGCUGGAUAACAGCUAAUGGAAAGCUCUUUUAUAGGCAUGACGUCAUAAGUAAAUUCUAUAUUUUCGCGAUUUCUCUAACCUAAAACGAAUGACCUUCUAAAAUAGAAAACUUCGUAAGCUACUUUCUUAAGUACCUUACAAAGCUUUCCAUUUUCUUGGCAACUAUUUGCCUGCUAAUUUUCUCGUGUUAAGUAUAGGAUUACCUAAGCCAUAGUUUCCCAAAGUUUUAUAACAAUAUAUUAGGUGUACCUGUACCUAUAUUAUGUAAUUAAGAAGUUAUUUUAUGUUACUAAAAGCUAGAAGUUUCGUUUUUAUCAUUAAAAAAUUCAAUGAGAAUUUAAAACUUGCUCAAAACUGUUUUUCUACACAUGUGAUGUUUAUUUACUUAUUAGGCACCUAAUUAAGUAUUAAAUAAAUGUUCAAUAAUUUAAUUUUAAUGAUAGUAUUGAUCUCUUUAAGCGUUGUAUUUAGUCAUACUGUAUUACCAUACCUACCAAAGAAUGUGUUUUUGAAAUACAAAAAUAAGCAAUUGAUUUUUAAUAUUAAAUUUGUAUUGAAAUAUUAA